AGCAUGUGUGUGUGUGUGUGUGUCCCGUCCUGCAGAGAGGAAGCAGCCUCAGUGAGUGAGCGGCAGGAGAGAGAGCAGGACUCACCCCCGGGAAGAGACGCAGCGUUUCAAAAACAAAGGAACAGAUUCCUCUUCCCUCGCUCCUGCAGAAACCUGCACCCACCGACUGAACGUCUCCUCUUCAGAUGAAGCCAUGGCUGAGGGGAGCUGCUUCGGUGCGUUGUAGCUGUCUGGGAUGACCAGGGCUGAACCUCACGUCACAGAGGGAGAGAGGCUCAGUGAAGAACAAAGAAUCGGUGGAGGAGGGAAAACAUCUGCUGGGAGAGGAUUAGAUCAGCCGCCCAUCUGGAUCUGAACAGGGAACCUACUGGACCUCUCUUUGUGGAAGGAAAGGACUUUCCGUCACUUCUGAGGAGCUGUAACAGACUUUAAACGUUUUUAAUUUUUUCUUUUCUCAAUCACUGGUUGCGUCAUGUGCCAUGUCAUUGUAACGUGCCGCUCCAUGCUCUGGACACUGCUCAGCAUUCUGGUGGCCUUUGCUGAGCUCAUCGCCUUCAUGAGUCCUGAUUGGCUGCUGGGAUUCCCCCGCUCGGACUCCAGUGUGAGUGGUGCGGGAGUGGAGUCUGGGGAGUACCGGCCGUCGCUCGGCCUCUACAACCGCUGCCUGCACGUCGGGGCGCUGGGAGUAGGGGUGAGCUGUGGGCCGUACGCAGGGACGUUCGGGGAAGUGGCCAGUGGCUUCUGGAAGGCUGCCAUGUUGUUUCUGGCUGCAGGGACGUUGGUGCUGGGCUGCGUGGCCUGUAUCUCCAUCUUCAGCUUGUGCUUUCAGAGCAUCCUGAAGAAGAGCAUAUUCAACAUCUGUGGGCUGCUCCAGGCUAUCGCAGGCCUGCUGCUGAUGGUGGGCCUCAUGCUGUACCCUGCCGGUUGGGGUUCAGAGAAGGUCAUCGGCUACUGUGGCCCCGAGGCCUCGCCCUUCAGGCCGUCUCUGUGCUCGCUCGGCUGGGCGUUCUACGCGGCGAUAGGAGGAACGCUGGCGACCUUCCUGUGCUCUGUUCUGUCCGCGCAGGCUGAGAUCGCCACCUCCAGCGAUAAGGUUCAGGAGGAGAUCGAGGAGGGGAAGAGUCUGAUAUGCCUGCUCUGAGCCUUCAGGGACGUUGGGACGACAUCCUUCGCUGUAAUCGAGUGAUUUUCUUCACGAAUCAGCUGAUUGUCGAAAAGAGAAAAGGCUUGGUAACAGCUUUUUAAAAACAUUAGGUGGUGUACUCACUUGCUGAAGCCCACCUGAGACCAAGAAACGUCAUCCAUACACUUAUUCUGUGUUUUUCCUUUUUUGGUUUAUUUUUUACUAAGAUACUGUUUAUUUUUGUAAUAAUUCUUGCCUUAAACAAACCACUGUACUAGAAUAGCAGGAGAUACGCGCUUGUUGUUGUGGACAGGUUCAACACUGCUGCCAGUAAAACAGUGUGUAGGAUUGUAAAUGUCAUUAAAAUGUUCAUUUACACGGUUCACCUGCAAACCUCAACAAACCACUGAAUACUAGCAGAUGUGCCCACGAAAGUAAAACCCCAAUAAUGUGUGUGUGUGUGUGUGAUAGGCGUUAACUGUUGAGGUUUCCAAACGUCCAAAUGCUCUGAUUCUGCGGCUCAGCAGGACAGUGAGAUUUAAGGGAUUUGCUGACUUCAAAAGACGUUCCUUCACUUAAAUGGAUUUUUCAUGGCUCUAUCGUAGCUUAAUAACUGGCAGAGUGUGUGCGGAGACUUUCCAUAUGUUUCACUGAGGUGAGCUUUCACAGGCGGGGGGUUGCUCUCAGCGAGAUAAAGCAGACUGCACCACAGCUUAUCACAAGCUACCUGACGUGAAGAGAACCACACAAGACAAGAUCUGGCUUUGAUGGAUGAAGGCGAAAAACUCCCAGUGGCUCAUGGGAGAUUCCACGUCAGACUUUUUUCAGAGCAGACCUCCUUAGUUUGGGAGAUUCAGAGCAUUCCUGUUCCCUAUUAGCACCUGAUGUCGUGCUUUGCACUUAACCCCUGAGCUCAUUUCACAUUGCUACACAAGUAGCUGUAGAUCUAAUAUGAUUCAUAUGAUGCUGUGCUUUUUCUCCAUUGUAGAUGAGAUGUGCAAUAAUUGAACUGUAGUGUGUUUGGCUGUGAGAGUGAGUUGGACCGAGAGAUGAAAUCGCGACAUGGUUUUGUAUCGAGAAGCAUUUCUCUGUGUUUUAAUGAUUGUCUGCUGUUUUUGUUACAUUAACAAAAGAGUGACGGCAUCUGUGGAACGUUGUGUGACGCUUCAUGUACGAGAUGUUUGAUGUGUGUGAUUAGAGACACAGUCUGUACUCAAAUAAACCAGGCCUCCUCCUGUAA